GGGUGCCACUUUGCCUGCGAGCUGACUAGAGAGAGGAGCUUAACUGCUUGGCUCUCUGCAAGUCACAGGCAUGGCUGCUUUCUGGGGAAUGAUCUUCCUCAGCAUGGCGGAUGAUAGUAUCUUCUACCCCAUCCUUUGGAUCAUGCUGAUCAUAUCAUUAUUUGUAUCUGUUAUGGCCUUGUGGAAGUGGAAGAAAGAGAGACAGAGGAAGUGCCAACACAGAGGUAACCAUGAAAAUUCUAGAGUUUGGGACUUCCGCACGUCUUCACAGCACUUGAGGAUGCACUCCUCAGUGCCCAGGAAAAUGGAUAAGAACUGUGAAAUACUCGACCAGUUCAACAGACGUCUUCAGGCCUUGACCAGAUGCAUGGCGAUGCUCACCUUGGAACUGCCUGAGGGCAGCGAUGAUUCCACCAGCUCGGUCACAGUGAGUGAAAACCGCUGCUCUUUGAGGACAUCGCUGUAUCCGUUGAGCACCAGUUGUGGGGAAAUGGAGGCACCUUACCGACACCCAAAAGCCCAGGAGAACUUGGAAAGCUCCAUCCCAGAAAGGAAAGCGGAGCAGGGACUGGGCCUCAGUGAUCAGAGAAAGCCUGAUGUGAUGGUGGCUCCCACGGUGCAGGACCUGCCCUUAGAGGAUGAGGCUAUGCAAAGUCAUUUGGAGCAUCCUAACAUAAAAAUGCAGGCACCACAGUUCCUGAAGAGGAGUUUCUCAGAGCCCGUCCUGGGUCAGAGAGACUCCCAGCUUCCCCAUCCUCUGAGGCACUCAAGGAGGCCCACUUACUCGCUCAUCCAGCGUGGGCAUGGGCAAGCUCUGGCAAGGAGGUCAGCAGCAUGGGCCCUUGUCCCACGGCGAAAAUCUGCCCCCGAGACAGAUACGUGCAGACAAGAAACAAGGACUCCAGUCCACAUUGCCUGCUGCAGAAUCUAUGAAGGCCCUGAUGACCAUCAGAUCAAGAUGAUGCAUCUGUGGCUGGAGCAAUAUGAAUAUGUUGAGAGGCGAAAGUUGGAAUUUUAUAGAGACUACUACACCCAGCCUAACAACGAAGGAUCCCAGGGCGUGGCUCCAUCUGACACUGCAGCCCCGGUUGUUGCAGGAGGAGCAACAGUUCGAGAGAGGAAUUCACCCGAGGUCAAGGCCAGUGAGCAACAGGACAAGAAAAAUACCACUGCUGCCCAGCAGCCAGAGGGGCUCCCUGAACGUACCCUCGUGGAGAGUUCUUCGGUUCUGCCAUGGAGGCGUCUGCCACAGGGUAGACCAUUCAGACCCCAAGCAGCACACGCAGAGAUGACGCCCAGGCAAGAAGCAGCAGAACACACGACUCCUAGACCAGAGACACCACCUGUGCUGUGCAGAAACUGCUGUGCACCAGCCCUCCUGUGCCAUUUCAUUCAGAAUGCCGGGGCCAAGCUCCGAGCUGCCUGCAUGGCCCUCUAUUCCCUGAUCAGAAAGGCAACUAAGAAGCUCUCAAAGAAGGGAAGAGAGCCCAUCAUGAAAAACAGAUCCUUAGAGCAGGCCAGGCUGGACACAGAUCAACGUAGGAGCAGACGAUCACUGAGUCUACUGGCCAAAAGGAAAAACCCACGUACACCUCAGGAGGCAAUGAGGAAGGACAUGGUGGCAUCUCAAGAUAAGACUUUCAGCGAUGCCAGUGAGACCAGAGGUGCCAAAAAAGCAUUGAGCCAGGGUGGUAGCAGCCACAGGCACCUGGACGUGCUGGCUCCUGUUGCCCGUAGAGAGCCAGCCAACGUGCUGCUACCUCGGAGAAGGCUGCUCUUGGAGACUGAAGCUCCUGCCCCAUCUCAGUCUGUUCUAGCAGAUGUCCAGGCAGGCACAGCUGCACCUCCAAAUCCCACUGGGACCAACGUUCCAGCCCUCUUCGUGCAGCAGCAGAGACCCUCAGGUCUGCCACAGCCUCCAAAUCCCACUGGGACCGACGUUUCAGUCCUCUUCGUACAGCAGCAGAGACCCUCAGGUCUGCCACAGCCUCCAAAUCCCACUGGGACCAACGUUCCAGUCUUCAUGCAGGAGCAGAGACCCUCAGGUCUGCCACAGCUUCCAAAUCUCGCUGGGACCGACAUUCCAAUCUCCCUCCUGCAGGAGCUUUUCACAGCACUUAGAGAUUUGAAGAAAGCCAGACAAACUGCUGAUGAGCUGCAGAAGCAGGUGCUGGCUUCCUUCUCAAAUCAGCCCACAAACAAUGCCAAGUAA